UACAGUCGUGGAUGAGCAGCUCAGCCAUGUCCCGACAGGUGGUCCAGGUCCAGCCGCAAAGCAGGGUUCAAGAUGCAGGGCAAUGGAGCACUGGCCUGUGUGAAUGCUAUAAAGACAUAGGAGACUGCUGCUUUGCCCUGUGCUGCCUCCCAGUGUUUACCUGUAAGGUGACCAGUGCGGUGGGUGCAUGUCCCUGCCUGCCUCUGCUGGACUGUAUCGGCUGUGUACCUCCAGCUUCAUUAGCCAUGAGGGCUUCUGUCAGGGAACGAUACGGCAUACAGGGGAGUGUUUGGAGCGACUGCCUGUAUGGAUGCUGCUGCUACCCGCUAUCUUGGCUCCAGAUCUCCAGAGAGCUGAAGAGAAGAGCAGCAUCCCACGCCUCCUCCUCCUCCUCAGCCAGAUACACUGCCCUAACCUCCCUGCAGGGGGCGCACUUGGUCUAGACAUGUCCAACAUUUCUUUCAUCUGGCCUCCGCUGCUGCCUGUCCCUGCAGGGUACAGGAGUUGAUUUAAUCACAUUUCCUCCGGUCUGCCGCCACUCCUUGUUACCUCAGAGAUUUCAGCGGGGACACAAUGUGUCUCACAGAAAGAAAAGUUAAGUCUGUGCUGAAAAGCAGCACAAAAGUGAAUCAAAUGUUAAAGCAGGGGGAACUUUGCAUGCAAUUUUAAGUCACUGAUUGGUAUAUUUCCUUUGGGAGAAUGGAAAAGUACCACUGAUGAUGCCUUUAGUAAGAAUACAUUAACAAACAAUACACAAAGACAAUAAAACCUGCAUUUCAAAAUAUGAGUUUGACAUUGUCAACAAGGUAAAGCAAGAGAACUGCACAUGCCACUUUUCAAAAUGAUAGUGUAAACUUUUCCUGAAUGUAUGGAAACCAAAUGUCACAUUACUCCCAAAGUCUGUCUUAGUAAGUUUAGUUUUCUUAUUUUAUGAAGAAUUAUCAAUUAAUGAGGACAAAUAGAGCAUUCACUUCCACAUUCAGUGGCCAAAUCAAAGGUUGCUCACCAAAUCUCAUAGCAAUAGCUUAGUAACUGAUUUUACUGUAGUUUUACUGUUUUAACACUUUGCAUGAUUUG